CAUGACUUGUGCUGAAGAUCAGCAACAAUUUUUGGAAUCAAAUUCUAGUUGAAACUUGUUGUUUGCAAUGUGGAAUUUAAUUGUUUCUAUUGCGUGUUUGAUUGCUCUGAGUCAGAGGGCCGAAGGCUGGAUUGGCCCCAGUAAGGAUCACAUAUCUGGAGGAAACUACUAUUAUAUAUCUGAAGAAGUCGCAACUCAAGUCGAUGGUGCCCGAGUUUGUCGAUUGAAUGGAUGGACUUUGGCAAGUGUUUUGAGCCGAAGUCAGCAAAGAACUAUUAUGAUAUUGGCACGGGACGCAAACGUUGAAAAUGAUCUUUGGAUUGGAUUACAAUUGUUUCGAAGUAAAGACGGAGACUAUGGAGUUUGGAGCGAUGGAAAACCUUUUAAUCUGUCAAAAGAUUCUACAGAUUAUAGUUAUUGGCAUCCACGUGAACCCAUCACAUACAAAACGUCAACGCAGAUAACAAUGCCAACAUGCGUUAGGUUGUGGAAAGAGCAGCGUUGGUCUUGGGAUGAUUAUUAUUGCAAUUAUACGUUAACACCUCUCAGCCAAUAUGUAUGUCAGGCUAAAGGUCGGGCUUACUAUGAUCCCGAAGAUCAUUUGAGAAUUUCUAAAGAUUUAAUCAAGAACACAAAAGAAGUAUCCAGCAACCCAUCGAAUCUUGAAAGUAUAUCAAAUGCAAUCAAUGAAUUGUUGGGAGUGGAUGAUGAGUUCCAUGAGAACGAUAAAAACACAUCGCGAGACGUUUUGAAUGCUUUUGAUGAAUUUAUAGAUAAAUUUGACGUGGAAAAGAGCGGGGCUUUUCGGACAAACAAAACUAACGUUGAAAUCAAAAUAAAUCUGGCAACGCAAAAUGAUUCUUACAUCACUGGAGAAACUGAGAUCGCCAAUAACUCCAUAAGCAAUAACAACAUACAAAUCUACUUAUCAUCAGCAGUUUUGAACGAAGCUAUUACUCGGGAAUCGAAAGAACUGAACAAAACCAUCGAAAAAGUGCAGAUUAGUUCAAUAUUUUACCGAAAUCCUGCUUUAUUUCAAGUUAAUGAAAGAAGAUACAAAAAGGGAUUUUCAGAAGCAUCAAACUUAACAUACAAAUCUCGUGUUCUUGAAACUCCGAUGUUUGGAGAAGAUCCGAGCUUGGCUCUUGUACCCGUUCUCAUCAGCGAUGUUUUGUCGGUCGACAUAAAAAACGUCAACAUGACUGAUUUGAAAAAUCCCAUUUGCGUGACAAAUUAUGACUACUUUCAGAACGCAACACCACCGGAAAUACCGGACAUGAAAGGUAAAAUUACUCCAAUUUGUGCGUUCUGGAAUAUUACCGCAAACGAAUGGUCGACGAAUGGGUGUAGAAUACUAAAAUCUUUAGAAGAAGAAAGAGUUUGUGGAAAUUUAACUCUUUUACAAGACCGAAGAGAUCGAAUCACAUGUAUGUGUGAUCAUAUGACCCACUUCUCUGUUUUGCUGGACACGACAUAUAUCUACGCACCAAAAUACCUGAUUCCUAUAACGAUAUUUGGAUGCACUGUCUCGAUCAUAUGUCUGUUUGCUACAAUCGUUACUAUCCUAAGUUUCAAGCAAUUGAGGAGCAAAACCGCUCAACAGAUUUUACUCCAACUGUGCAUAAACCUUUUCCUCAUGAACAUAUUGUUCUUAGUCGGCAUCGAUCGCCGAGAUGAAAUGUUGUUUUGCACUGUCAUAGCGGCAAUGUUGCAUUACUUCCUGUUGGCGGCCUGGGCUUGGAUGUUUAUUGAAGCAAUGUUUCUUUUUCUACGGCUUGUUGUGACAUCAUAUAAUGACGGAGUUCGAGGCAAGAUCGUUCCCGUUGGAGGACUAAUGGCAUAUGGUUUCCCCGGAUUGAUCGCUGGAUUAUCUGUUGGAAUAACUAGACCCGAUGUAUAUCUAAGUGAAAAAUAUUGCUGGUUGGCGAUGCCCGUUCUUAUUCCAUCAGUACUUGUUCCGAUUGCGCUGGUUUUAUUCAGCAAUUUGAUCAUCUUCGUAUGCGUCCUAUACACAAUAACGUUCAGAUCAAAGAUGUUUCGUAAACGAGUUGAUCUUCCAAAAGUAAAACAAACCCUGAUCCGAGCAUUCUGUAUGAUUUUCAUUCUUGGUAUUCCAUGGCUGUUCGGAUUCUUCAUGUUGUUGGCCCAGUCUCCAGAAGCGAAAGAAGUUUUUGCAAUCUGCUUUACUGUUUUGAAUACCACCCAAGGUGUCGCCAUAUUUUUCUUUUUCUGUGCGAGACAAGAACAAGUGAGAAAGCUCUGGAUAGGACCUAUGAAUCAAAAAUUCAGACGAGUCGUACGCCGAGUUCAAUCUGUAAGAAAGAGUAAACGCGAAAGUAGCUCCAGGCACCAAGGAUUUGUGAAUGAUACUGAUGGAACAGCGCAAAGUGACGACACCAAGACGAACACAUUUACAAACGAAAGAUCUCCAGCAGAAAUAACAAGCCAGACAACGGAUGAGACAAACGUUAACAGCGCUAAUUCAUCGAGCGGAAGUGCGAAACCUUUCAGACAUGGAUGGUCGUGAACAAAGACAUUUCUUCAGGCAUGGUGUAAAAACUCGCGCCACGCUACAGGAAGUUGGAAAAAGUUCAAGACUAAAAUCUCUGGAUUUCGAUAUAAUGGUUAUCCCAAACGAAAGUAGGAAGACUUUCCGAAACCAGAUCGGACAUUCCGUAACAGUUUAUUUUGUGUUCCACAGAAAGUGAAAUAUAUAUGAAUGUAAUUACAUUUGAAACUGAAACGUUACAGAUAAAAGGAACUCCUAAUACACUAAUUGUCGUCAUGUGAUGUCAUUAUCUAUUUCGAAUUUGAAAAUAGGAAAUGCAUAGCAGACGACUAUUAGGAGAUAAAUUAACUAUAUGGAAAUUCGUUUUUCAGUCGUAACUUUAUGUUUUUUUUAUCAUAGCUGGCUUUCUUAUAAAUUAAAAUUUUUUGGCUUCUUGUAGAAUGUAAUGCAAUAAUAUCAUAAGAUAGCAUAUAGUAGUGGUAUAUUUCUAACGUCUCUUUCUCGAUUAUGGUUUAUGAUGGGAUGCUAAAAUAGCUAAACGAUGAUAGUGUCGGUAAAGUUGCCUUAAGUUCAAUGAGAUGAGUGUAUAUUUGUUUAUUAAGUGUACAGAAUAUUUCCUCUUUUUCCCAAAAUUAACCCAUUUUUGUAUGUAUAAUAAAUUAAUAUAAAAAAUGAUAUUAACGUGGCUACUAUGCCUAAGUUAUUUUUACUUUAUAAUGUGAAUAAAUUUCAACUCAAACUUUAAUUGUCAAACAUUUAGCAUAUACCGAAAGAAUGGCGGAUAUUCAGUGAAGUAUCAGUGGUUGAGAAAAUCAAAACAAAAUUAAGUACUACUGAAGUAUGCGCACCAAGAUGUCGCACAACCUGAACCCUAACCCGAUACACAACCUGAGUUCAGGUUGUGCGCCAUCUUGGUGCGCAUACUUCAGGAGGUCCCAAAAUUGUGUAAGCAGAUUGCUUAGGAAAAUUUGAUUUUCUUUUCAAAUCUGAUAAACUUUAAUCAAAAUCGAUUAAUACCAAUGAAUAUGAAAGAAGUAGUAGUAGUUCAAAAUCGCCUCACAAUAUUGUUUCGUCUUCAUACGACGUAGGCAAUA